AUGGCUCCCAAUGGAUCACCACCAAACGGUGGAAAAGUCAAGCUCAAUCAGAUCGUGCCAGGAGUCUGGCUCGGCAACUUGUACUGUGCCACCGACGAAUCUGUGCUAUACACCAGUGGCAUCACAGCCGUAUUAUCCGUCGUCGAUGACGGGGAUGUUCUGUACGCACCGCGCUUUGCGGCCAAUCUCCCAAGCUUCAUUCAUGGCGAGCGACACCGAUCCAUCAGGGCGAGUGACAGCAGAAGCGUGAAUCUCCUGAAGCAUUUUGACGAAAUAUACGACUGGAUCGAUCAUGACUCACAAACAUACGUGAAGUCGGAGCGCAACAAUGUUCUGGUUCAUUGUAGAAUGGGACUCUCGAGAUCGGCUACAAUAGUUGUGGCGUAUGUGAUGAAGAAGUUUCGGACGUCAUUCAGUGCGGUGCUUGAUUACUGCAAGCAGCAAACCAGUAUCAACCCCAAUUCAGGCUUCAGGCGGCAAUUACAAGCCUACGAAGAGAUGGGAUACAGCAUCUGGGAAGACGAUCAGCGCACGAGACAUAAAAAAGAGUAUAAGGAAUACCUAGCUCAGGAUUUGAGGCUAAAAACUCGUGUGGAUGCGAGUGGGCGGAUCCAUCCGACAACAGGCUCACUAUCGGUGCGCUCUAGCUCAACUAAAUAA